GACGUUCGCCGGGGUCGAUUCUGCAUUAAAAUGAAACGAUUGUGCCCGCUUUUUAUAUGCUUUUGUGUCCCCUUGUUCAGUUUUCAUCAUCAAUCAACCAUCAUGGCUGAUAGAUCAAGUAAAUUUGUUAUCGGGGUUCUUUUGGAUAGAAAUUAUGGCAGCCUCGAGAAAAUCGAUCGAUUUAUCAAAAACGUGCACAUGAGCAGAAAUCUUUACUUUGGAACAAAUUUUUCAAAUAUUUCUAUGAAAGAGAAAGGUGGCUUGCUCAAGAACAUCGAACAUUUCAAGGAUAGCUCCGUGAACAUGAUCAUUGAUUUGCAACGAAGCGGAGUGGAUGAUGUCAACACUUUGGCCGAUUAUCUAAAAAUCCCCGUCGUAACAAUGGCACCACAGUCCAAACCUCAAGGAAAAUACAUUAUAUCAAUGUAUCCUAGCAUUUUCGCGAUUAACACAGCCAUUGUAGAUGUGCUACUGAGGUACAGGAUCACGGAUACUAUACUCCUUUUCGACGAGAAGCGCAGCCGUCAAGCGAUGAAUCUGCACACAAAGAGUCAGCGGGAAUACAUUCGGAUGGAAAUGAUGCCAGCCCUUCAAAUUGACAACGUGGACAUGAUAAAAGAAGCAAUAAGAAUGGCGUGGAAUACUCAGAUUAAGACGGUUGUCUUGCUCUGUGAUACUGAACAUAUUAAAGCGGUUGUGAGUGCGACACUGCAGUCGAGGCUUUAUGACAGCGGUCGCGAAGAUUGGAAAUGGAUAGUCAGCGAUUUGGAUUUCAAAAGGCCAAGUUACGAUCCACUUGAGGGCAUUGUUGGCUUCACCCUUCCAAUUCCCGUCUGGAAGGAAAUGGACUCCGUCGAGGAGAAGGAAACAUUUGUCAAUUUUGUGCAUUCGGAUGUCUAUUAUGCAACAGUGAAAGACGCGUUGUUUCUGAUAAAUGAAGUAGCCUCGAGGUUACACGGCAAGAAACAUCCGAAAAAUAUCACUGAAGUUAUAUUGGAAGAAGUGAAGAAUAUAUCUCUUCCAUCUUGCUUCUCAAAAAGGUCCAAAAACUGCGGGUUGACUGGUGAAAUUAAAUUUGAUGCAAAUGGCGUAAGGAAGAUAGAAGAACUGGACUUUGUCGUGGUGAAUGAAAAAAAGAGAAUUGCUGAGAUUGGAACUUGGAAUGCAGAUCCGGUGAAAUCUGUCCUACCUGAUGUUAGCUCCGUAAACUGGGUGGGAAAGGUCGUGCGGAAUUAUUUAUGCCACGAGAAAAGGGACAAAGAACCUAUGAAGAAAACUAAAAAGAAGUUCAAAAUAAUGCUAAAAUACAACGAUCCUCCUUUUGCGAAGGUGAAUGAAAACAAGACAGCUCCUGAAAAUGUGACGGGAUUCACGGUUGAUAUCGUGCGGGAGUUAGCAAGACGAUUGGAUUUCGACUACGAGUUCGUUGUUCUUAGGAAAGGAGGAUCUUCGAAGUUCGUCGAAGCUUUGAAAGCAGAGAAGGUAGAUAUGGCAAUUGGCUCCUUCACAAUCACAGCCAAUCGUGAAAACGAUAUCGACUUCAGUAAACCGUUCAUGGAUUUCAAGAUGGCGUUGAUUUUACUGAUCCCGAAGGAGAAAGAAAGCCUUUUCAAUUUUCACAAACCGUUCUCUGGCGACGUUUGGCUCAUGGUUGUCCUGACGGUAUUCGCGAUGACAUUCCUGCUGUGUGGUGUGGACUACUUCAGUCCCCUCGGCUACCGUAAAACGGCAGAAAAUCCGGGUGAAGGCGAGGAAUUCAACUUGAUGAACAGUCUUUGGUUUGCUACAGCAAGUACACUGCAACAAGGCGGCGACAAUACGCCCAAGUCACCGUCUGGUCGAAUACUGGCCGCCGCUUUCUGGUUUUUUAUUCUUAUCAUAAUCUCAACGUACACUGCCAAUCUGGCUGCAUUCUUCACAAAUAAAAAGAUUGAGAGUCCUAUCAAGAGUUUAGACGACUUGGUCUACAAGUCAAAUCUUGUGUACGGUGUUGAGACUGGAGGACAGAACCACAAUUUCUUAAAAGACUCCAAACAAGCCAUCCACAAGCGAAUGGUUAGUCAUAUGAGAGAGCAUGAAAGCACAAUGUCCUCAUCGCAGGCAGGCGUCGCGAGAGCAAGGAAAGGCGGUUAUGCUUACAUCACAGAAACGCCAAUCCUGGAGUACUACAAUAAUCAGGAACCAUGUAACACCAUGUUGGUUGAGAAACUGUUCGAAGUGAAGAGCUACGGCUUUGGUUUACCGAAGAAUUCCGAAUACACUAACGCCCUCUCAGUCGCUAUUCUCAAGCUCCGCGAAGAAGGCUUUAUUGAAAAGAGCAGAAAAACUUGGUGGAAUGAAAAAUCUGAAUGCAGCAGGGAACCGCCAGCUUCUGCAACGGUGACGCUGGAGCUCAAGAAUCUUGGUGGUGUGUUUAUUAUUAUGAUUGCUGGAAUCGUAAUAUCUUUUCUACUCCUGGGCAUCGAAGUGAAAUUCCAAUGGAUCAUUGAUCUCAUAUUGAAAGCGCAGGAGAACAACUCUGGUAACGAGGAGCCACGAGAGACAGUGAUGAGAGUGGAGAUAUCUCAAGGAGAGCGUCAACUAAAUCCCAUCAACCGAGAGGAGCCGACGCCAGCACGAAAACGAUGGCUGCCUUCUUUUAAUUUUGGACGCUGACGUAACAACGUGAGACUGAGCGAUGAAAGUUCUGAGUUGCGAAGGGUAUUUGAUUGCAGCUACUUAAAACAUUUGGGGAUUUUAAUCCCAUAAACUGAUGAUAAAAAUAUGCAAUAUUAGAAACCUGAUAAACACUAGCGAGGGUGAAAAAUUAAAAUAUAAUGAAGUGAUAUUAAGCAAGAGAUAACGACCAGCAGCGCUUUACGGGUGAUACAUGACAUUUUGACAUUUGCCCAUGAAUUGAAAGCGAAGACUAUAAAUAUAUUGCGAAGGCAAAUGGAUCUUUGUCAAGUAGCUAAAUUUGUCAUCAUUUAAAAUAUGUUAGGGAUUAUUGUUUCACAAUGCCAACUACAACACAAAUUUGUAGGUAAUUUACUACAGUCUUGCUAAUAUAUUUAUAAAGACAUUACAAUUGCAAGGUCAAGCAGGGAUGUAAACUAUGACGCAAAGCUAUAUUUAUAUUGUUGAAAUUAUUUGACAGCAUAAAAUAUUUUAUUAGAUAAAAAAAUGCCAGUAUGUAAAACAAUA